AAAAGCUGUAAAACUAAAAAGGCUCAAAAUGAGCCUCGUUGGAGAACCGCCACAUGAAAUCCAUCAGAAGGAGGUGGAGAUCCAGGAGGACGAAGAACCCGUCUCAGAGGGGAAGAGCGACGACGACGUUCGAACGAAAGAGUUUACGCCGAGUCAGACAGAAAAAAGAGCGAUCAGCCCUCUGACUCUGCUCAAAGACGACUUCAACCAGUUGAAAGAAGAAAUAAGGAGAAAGUUCAAAGAAAUAGAGACGAACACAAAAACGAACGAGUUUCAGGAGAAGCAAGUUAGACCUCAAACUCUGCUCAGAGAGGACCUGAAUCAUCUCAAAGAGAACCUCGCCAGCGUUUUCAGAAUUGGCGUUCCAAAAAAACAAGAGAAUACGGACGAAGCUGUGAAGGAGGACAACAACUCCAGGGUCCAACCGUCCAAAGCUGAGAGAGCCGACGAGCCCUUCAGGAGUCUGUUCAGACGGGAACGAGCUCACCCAAAGAGCCAGCAAAGAGCAGAGGAUGUUAAGGAAGUUAAAAAGAGCAACAAAGGCAGAAGUUUCAGAGGUAUUUUAACAAGACAGAGCACAGAGAAGGGCAACGCCACAAAGAACCACGAGAAUAAAUCUAAAAACAUCGAGAUGAAUGUUAUCGACUCUGAGAUAACCGUGAUCACUCAAACACAACACGGUGAGAUGUUCAGAUCAAAAACAGCUGCUCAGAUGUGUGAAACUGACGACUGGAGUGAGGACACUUCCGUUGUGUUAGUAGAUGAUGGACCUUUAGCGAGUCUUUCCUCAGAGACUUUAAACUCUGGAAUCAAUUUAUUCACUCUGGGAAAACAUCUGAGUAAUCAGCCAACGGAAGAUCUGUGGUCACCAAGGAACUUUGCCACCUAUCUGACCCUUGACCCCAACACUGCUAGCCCGGAGCUUCGUUUAAGUGAUGGCAACAGAAAAGCGAUUCGUGACUGGUUGAACCCUUGGCCUUCGGAACACCCGGACCGGUUUGAGGGAUGCCCUCAAGUCCUCUGCAGGGAGGGGCUUCUGGAUUCAGUUUACUGGGAGGUGGAGUGGAGCGGUGGUGCAGACAUUGGCGUCACCUACAACAGCAUCUCCAGAGACAGAGACCCAACGAGCUGCCUGCUGGGACACAACAGGUGGUCCUGGAGUCUGGAGUGCUCUGAGGGAAGGUACACGCCGUGCCACAACAACAAGAGGUUCAGGUCCUCCUCACCUGAGCCCUUCACCCACAGGAUCGGGGUUUUCAUUAACUGGCCUGAAGAAUCGUUGUCCUUCUACUGCAUUUCAAAGGAGGCCAUGGUUCACCUGCACACCUUCAGCUCCAGCUUCACGGAGCCUCUGUACCCGGGGUUCUGGGUGUGGUCCAGUGACGGCUCGGUGUCGCUGUGUCAGGUGGAGUUGGACUGGGAGCGACUGCUGCAGUGAAGCACUCAAAGCACGGAGGGAGGCUUUUAAUUUGUAAUUUAUUCAUGUAA